AUGCCAGCCCACAUCAAAUUCAACUCAAACGGGACCAAAACACUUAAAGAUGCCAACGGAAACGUUUCAACCCUCUCGGCCUCAUCAGCUGUUCAGCUGAGAAAGAAACAAUCUGUUGAGACCAUUUCACUCGCUGACACAACGCAAUCCACAGGUGCUUUGGCAACAUCACUUAAAUUUUCGGACGUACCACAAAUUCACCCACUUCUACUAAAAGCCAUCAAGAAAGAAUUCGGAUUUGAAAGCAUGACCCCAAUUCAACAAUUGACAAUUCCAACUGCUCUCGGAGAGAAAGGAAAAGGUAAAGACUUUAUUGCUCAAGCUGCAACUGGUCAGGGCAAAACACUUGCCUUCCUCGUUCCAUCACUCUCCUGCAUGUUAGAGAAUGAAAAGAAUGUUCAAGGCAUUUAUAUCCUCGUUUUAGCUCCAACAAGAGAAUUAGCCUUACAAAUCCAACAAGUUGCUGAUAAACUAUUAAAACAUACUGAAUACAAGGCCGCUUGCGUCAUUGGAGGAAACAAGGUCUCUGUAGAGCAAGCUGAGUUAGCCAAUGAACAAGUAAGAGUAUUGAUCGCCUCUCCAGGUAAAUGUUUAGAUCACAUUCAAAGAGAAAACUUCGAUCCUUCCCACUUGAAAUAUUUCAUUUUGGAUGAAGCAGAUCGAUUACUGGAUAGUGGUUUUGAAGAAACUUUGAAAAAGAUUGUCAUGCAACUUCCAAAAGAGCGUCAAACCUAUCUCUUCUCUGCAACCAUGACUGAUAAAGUUGAAGAUUUAGCUCACAUCUCACUCAAGAAUGAUAUUGUGAAACUUGGUUUGGAUGAUGCAAAUUCAAAGAAGGUUUCUACCUUGGAACAAAAGUAUUACGAAGUACCAAAUGAUAAGAAGCUUGCAGCAUUGAUUUCAGUAUUGAGAAAUAAUGUUGAUAAGAAAAUUAUUGUGUUCGUGAGCACCAAAUUAUCUGUUGAAUUUGUGACUUGUGUUCUUGAAAACACUUCAAAUAUUGGAAAAGUUGUUCAACUCUCUGGUAACAUGAACCAAAAUAAGAGAAGUGAAAUUUUCUUCCAAUUUAUGGAAGAUAAGAAUCCAGGAGUACUCGUUGCUACCAAUGUUGCUGCCAGAGGUCUCGAUUUCCCUAACGUUGAUUUAAUUGUUCAAUUUGAUAUUCCUGAGCAACCUGCUGAUUAUUUCCAUCGAGCUGGAAGAACUGCUCGAGCUGGUAAAAAAGGUGUAUCUGUCUUGUUCUUGACUCCAAGAGAAAAAGAAGUUGCUCUUUCCUAUUUCAACAUGAUGUUAAAUAAUGACAAAGAAGAUGAGAAAGAUUGGGAAAAACUUGAAGAGUUAGAUAACAGUGUGACAGACAAGCAAAUGAACGAUAUUCAUAGAGAAGUGCAAAGUAUUGUCUCGAAUAAUCAAUUGAGUAGAGAUGUUUUCAAGCUUGUAAACACUUAUGGAAGUGUAUUUAACAUGUUUGCUCGAAAAUUAGGUUUCAAAAUGAAUGAUUUUGAUGAAGAAGGGUUAAAAUCUUCGUUUGGAUUGGGUGGUAAAGGAGGUUCCAACUUUAAGAAGAGUUUUGAUAAAUCCUCAUCCUACAAUAAGGGUGGAUCAUACAAUAAUUAUAAUAACAACAACAACGGAUAUAACAAGUUCAACAAUAAGGAAGAGGCUGAUAAUGAAGAAGAUUCUGCUGAAACAUCCACGAAUGGCAAUGGUAACAACAAUGGUCAUCACUCCAACGGACGAGACUCCAAUGAAGACGAGAAUGGUGGGUCAAAGAAGAGAGGCUUGAUGGAAUUUCUCGAGUCCAAGAGCCCAAAGAAUAAUGGUGGUUUUGGGGGUGGAAGAGGACGAGGCGGUAGAGGAGGCAAUUCCUUUGGUGGUGGUUACAAGGGAGGAAGAAAUAACAACUGGUCCAAUAAUAACAGAUCAUCCUCAUCAUGGUCCAGCAACAAUAAUGACAGUUCAGAGUCCUCUGUGAAACCUGCCCACAAGAAGCAUAAAAAGUUCUAA